AUGACAUCUCAACCAUUGAUAUCGUUAUGUGAUCGAUUGAAACAACGAUAUGAAAAUAAUCAACAAGAUUGGAAAUCAUUAUUUCAAGUUCAAGACAAAAAUUCUCGAGAUAUUGAAUUUAUUCGAUAUAUUGUUAAUUCUAUUAUUGAACAAGCGAAACAUAAUAUUGUUAUAUCUGAAUUACCUGAUGUGAUUCGAACAUUACAUUGUGAGGCAGAAACUAUAAUCCGAAAGAAUCGAAUGAUAACAUUAGAAGAAGCAAUGGCUCAAAUACAAAUAGCUGGUGCAAAAAAAUACCCGUAUUUAAAAAAAAUAAAACCAAUAUCUACGGAAGAUUUUGGUAAGGAAGUUAUGUAUGAAGUAUUCAAUCGUAUAGGAACUGUUAUAACUUUAGACAUGAUUGAAAAUAUUUGUCAGUUCGUCACCUGUUCUGCUAAACAAUUACUUCAUGCAAUGCCUGCAAUCGAUGUCAAUGAAACAACUUCGUUAAUUGUCGAAGAUAUAUUACGUCAUCAAGAUAAUAAUGUUUCAUCACCUACAAGUAAAGAAUGGAUGAAUUCUAAACGUCAGUCAUUAAAAUUAAUGCAAAAUUCAAAUCAAUCUUAUGAUAGAGCAAGCUCAAAUGAGCAAGAAGCUGUAUGCACUAAAAUAAAACGACCAACAAUCGCUUCAAUAUCGAAUGUGAAUAACAAUGAAAUAACCAGUGCAUUCUGUUAUUCAAAAGAUCGUCCUUUUCUUAUUGAAGCUAUGUAUAAACGAGAUCCGAAAGAAGCCAGUUUCCAUUCAGAAAUACGUCACUAUAGCAAAUAUUGUCAUCAACAUUCUGACAUCAGUGAUAAUGAAUCGUAA